AUCGUCUUCCUUGUCGCCGCCGACAAGCCAGCAGUGGCAGCAGGGCGACGAGGAGGGAGGGGACGGAUAUUGGCUGCGAGCAGCUGCGAUUGAAAUGGUUCAAAUGGGGCCCGCCAAAUUGCGGGCGCUGCGAAUCGAUGGAGCCGAAGGCGUGCCUUGUCGCACAGAGCAGCCAACGGCCUUGAAACGUGGACAGUCACCCUCACAUCCUCGCGCCGUGAAGAGGUGGUGACUGAAGGUCUCUGAUGACUUUCGGCCUCCGGGUGUCCUCCUCGCGCCUGGGGCCGUCAAAAAAUGCCUCGGGAUGAAGAGCUGGCAGUGUGCCAGGGAUCCAAGACCUCUGGGGGGCCACGCUGCGAAAAAAACACGACGCUGGAUGGCAGGGAAAUAGCUGACGGCCUUGAAACGUGUGCAAUUCGGCUGGAAAUUCACUAUGAACAGUGGAGGGCCGCCCACGUUGGUAGACCUCUGCGAGCUCCCCCGCGCUCGCGCGCCGCCUGGCAAUCGGGGGAGGAGCCGAGCGGGGCGGCGAGGGGAUGGGAGAUAGAAGAGGAGAGGGCGAAGGGGAAGAGGAGGGCGAGGAAGAGGGGUAUGAGGACGAGCCGGGGGACAGAGAACAAUGAGCCAAAAGCUACGCACUACCAACCAAAAAACGCAAUGCGAAUGCUGCAAACAAAGCGCGAUUAUGCCCUUUCCCGCCUCGAUCCGAGCCUCUUCGAGCGGAGUGGGCAGCCGUGCCGCCAGCAUUCACCAUUCACCGACGACCAGUGGUGGCUCGCUGGCGUGGGCAACCUCUUUAAAUGCAACACGGCCAACGGCACUGCAACUCACCCGAUGGUUGAGGGGCUGGAGGCAGCACGAGGAAGGAGCAGGAGGAGGGGGAGGGACAGGGAAUGAAGGAGGGGGAGGCGCAGGAGGAGGCACGAUCUUGGACGUAUCGCCCAAUCGCAUGCACUGCCCGCGCAAGUCGAGGGGUGCUCUCCCACGCGCGUUCAAGCGCGCAGGAGGAGGGGGGUCCACCGAGGAGGGAGCAGGACAAAGAUGGAAUAGGAGGAGGAGGAGGAGCAGGAGAAAGAGGAAACAUUCGGAUGACGACGAGGGCUCGGCACGGGCCGCCGCCACCUCAAGGCUACCAAGCUACCCGCUCGGGGAGCCCUCGGACACUCGGGCGCCCGCGAUCACCGGCAGCUCCGCGCCAGCAGCGCAGCGGCGCGCGCGCGCAGGGCGCUGGACACCGUGUGGCCGGCCGUGGCGGGGCGAAGUGACCUCGUUUCUGGUCGAAACUCUCCCGCUCGAGCGUGUCGAUGCCGUCGGCGGGAAUCUCGAAAGAGAACUCGAUCGAAUAGCUCCAAGCCGCUAUCGCUCCCUCGACCCGUCGCUUCUGCAGUGGGAGAAGGGAAGCGCCUUUCUCUCGAGCCCAAGCGCCGGCGCUUGA